GCCUGCUUUGCAGUGUUGUAUCUCUUGUUUGAAGGAGGGCCCUGUCAUUGGACUCGCCUGGCAGAAGCUUGGUAUUUGAUUUUUGUCCUGAGCACCACCGCUGUGGCCUUCCUGGUGGUGCCGAACAAGAACUUGGACGGUCGGACGCAUGUGGCGUUCUACGUCGCGCGCUUUAUGGCGGUGCUGAUCGUGAUGAAGAUCUACGUGAGCGUCAUAAAUCCCAGGCACAUGAAGCCGUUUUACGCGCAUGGCGACAAUCGCACCUUCACUCGGACUCGGCCCCACUCAGAUGACAAAUUGGCCCAGCGCGUUUUGCAACAACUUGAAGUGUACAUGACAAAGCUCUCCAUCAAGCGCGAAGUGGGCCUAUUCCAUCGGCAGGUCUUCUCUAUUCUGCUGCUUCCACUGCUCUAUACCCAGAUGGCAGCGAUGAAUUACUUCGAAGUUGCCUGGGUGCUCUUCCAUCCCAUCCGGGUCGCCUGGGUCCUUUUGAUGACCUAUUUGGUCAUCCAAGAAGUGCCUCGCAUCGUCAUCCGGCGCAACACGCUCAACAAGGUGAAGGAACUUCUAACCUAUGUUCUGGAGCAGUGCGAUCACAGCGAGAUGCGCGAGAUCUACAUGCGCGUCAAUCUGGAGUCCAUUUUUCAGGCCACGCGCUACGAAGUGCACGAGCUACUGGUGGAAAGCGCUUUGGGUAAAGGCUUGUUGGACGUUUGGAGCAAAGCCAUGCUGUUGAACGGCAUGCAAAAGUAUGGCGUCAACGGCCGGCGGAAUGAAUACGUGCGUGAUUUGAUUUUGAGCUGCAAAAAUACCGAACUCACUGAGCUCAAGAGCAUCUUAGACAGCACCGGGGAUUACAACUGCCUAUUCAAGUUAAUCUACAACGACCUCCGUUCCACGGCCAUCCGUGACGAGG